GAGCGAGAGGGUUGGCAGGCCUGGUGGUGUAGACGCUCUGACAGUAGUGGGGGAAGCUGAUUGUCAAGAGCAGUCCCCAAUUUUGCUACAAUGGAACAGCAUCAAUGAACUGCUCUAUACUUGCCACUGUCCAAAUUUCAAAUCUCAAGAAUUCUAAAUUGAAAGGAUGAAACAAUCUUCGGCACAUCAUGUUUUAUGAGGGAACCAUAUUGUUGAAAAGAUAAUUGAUCAAAAUCCAAUCAUCCACAUGAUUUUUUUUUAGAGUAACAUGGAUCAGACACCACAAGAAAUAAUGCAUUCCCUGUUUUCACUUGAUCCAAACAUGGAAAAUCGGGGACAUCUGUAUCCUUACAACUAUCCCUAUGGGCAGUAUCCUUACCCAUACCCUUAUCCUUAUCCAGCACCACAUCCUUCAUCAGCUCAUACAAACAUUCCUUCCUCAUCACAUAGUAUGCCACCACCAUCUUCCCACCCCAUAACCCAGGCAUCUCAAGGUCUCGCAGUAUCUCAGAAUAACCUCUCACCUUAUAGUGGUGGAGUCCACAGUAUCCGUCCACCAAUGACUAAUAUGAGAGAGCAAAUGGGGGAUGGAAGGCUUUCAUUAGGGGAGGGUAGAAUAGCUCAUUUGAGUAAUCUAGAAAGACACUCGAUCAACACUCAACAUGCAGCAGAGGAUCUACGCAGUAUACCCACAGAUUCCAGGAAUUUGGCAGAUGUAAGACACCAUCCGGUUGACAUGCGACCAAUAUCUGCUGAGCAGCGGUAUUUAGGUGAUCUUAGGUCAUUGUCAAGUCAUCCACGUUCUUCCUCCUCAGACUUGAGGCACAUCACGGACUACUCAUCACAGCCAACGGAUUUGCGAACACAACCAAUUGAUGCUCGAUUAUUUAGUGAUGUACGACAACUAGCUGGUGAUACACGGCCACCACUUAGUGAAGCGAGACAUAUGGGUGAUCCUAGACAUAUAUCCAGUGAGGAGAGAAUCCUUGCAGAUGUGUCUCGACUCCAAGAAGAUCCCAGACAUAUGAUGAAUAGAACCACGGAUGACUAUAGAUACCCAGGAGACUUAAGAACUUAUGAUACUCGUCCUGCCACGAUCACUCAUCCUAUUGAGGAGCCACAACUUCCCUCUGGAGAUCCAAGACCUCCAAUAAAUGACACAAGAUCCAUUGAAGAAACCAAGUCCACAUAUGAUACUUCAAGAAUGAGUACAAAUGAAAAUAGGAUUCCUUCACAUCAGUUUGAUACAAGUAAUCUCUUAAAAUCAUCAGGAACACAACAUUAUUAUGAUAAUAGAGUUAGUAUAGGAGCUAGCAAGCCAACAACUAAUGGUGAGGAUCUCUCUACAAGGCAUUCUAUCCAGGACCAUAGGCAUCUACUUCCUGACCCAAGACUCAGUUUAGGAAAUAAUGCUCACCCAGUCAGUGACAUGCGACAAAAUAUGAAUGAGGUGAAAGCACAGCUAAAUUCUUCUGGGCAGAACACAGAGCAGGUUAACCAAGGAAAUUUAAGAUACCCAACAGUCAGUAGUCCAAAUACAUCUUUAGGACUACUGUCCCAUGCACUUGGACAACAUUUGAAACAAAAAGAUGAUGUAAUUACAAAUCUUGGUCAGAAAGAACCUCUUAAUAUGGACAAUAAAAAUUACCAACAGCCUGAUACAGAAAAUAAGGAUAACACUGAAAAAGAGACAAAUGGUCAAGAAGAAUACAAAGAUAUUGAUGAGAAAUCUGUAACUUGUCAGGAGAUUGAUGACGAUGACUUUGACUCUGAAGCUUCGUCUACUGAUUAUCCCGAUCCUUAUAUAGAAUUCACUGACGUUGCACAUGGAGUAUUCAACAACGUUAAUAAUAUUGCGGGGCCAGUGAAACCCUUUCACUGUGAAGAUUGCGAUGCUACGUUCACCACCAAAGGAAAUCUUAAAGUACACAAGAGAAUCCAUACAGGAGAAAGACCAUAUGAAUGUGAGGAUUGUGGCAAAACUUUUUCAUACUGUGCAUCAUAUCAGUCACACAAAUUAAUACACAGUGGACACAGACCAUUCAAAUGUGAAUUUUGUGAACGGGCAUUUUUCCGUAGUGAACAUUUAGAGCGCCAUAGGAGAAGACAUACAGGUGAAAGACCAUUUAAGUGUACAGAAUGUGAUGCUACUUUUGCUGCUAGUGAUGGAUUAUCGAGGCAUACGAGAACUCACACUGGCGAAAGACCUUAUAGCUGUGAAGAAUGUGGAAUGUCAUUUGCUUAUAAAUCUACUUUCCUUAGGCAUAAACUGAUGCAUUCAGAGGGAGAAUACAAGUGCGAGGACUGUGGUGCAGCGUUCAAAGAUCCUGUAAGGUUAGAUAAACAUGUAAAAAAGCACAAUGAUCCAAAUUAUGUACCUUACUCGGACGAGGGUAAACCGAAACCACACAAACUUAUUGAAGAUGGUAUAGAAGUUACUGGAUGUGAAUUUUGUCAGAUGAAAUUUAAAAGAAAAUCUGAUUAUUACCUUCAUCGGAGAACUCACACGGGAGAGAAACCUUACGUGUGUGAUGUGUGUGGUUCAUCGUUCAUCAGGAGAGCCUAUCUAGACAUUCACAUGCGUACUCAUACUGGUGAACGUCCAUAUAAUUGUGAAUCUUGUGAGUCUGCAUUUAAAACCCGCACUGCCCUAAAAUUUCAUAGACGUACUCAUAGUGGUGAAAGGCCGUACAAAUGUGAUCACUGUGAUUUUGCCUUUGCCCAGAAAUCUGCUAUGAAAGCACACAUACGUAUUCAUACUGGUGACAAACCUUAUAAGUGUGAUUCAUGUGAAGCUGCAUUUCGCCAUAGUAGCAGCUUGACUAUACACAAACGAACUCAUACUGGCGAAAGGCCAUAUGCUUGUGAUGCUUGUGGAGCAACAUUUUCCCAGAGGCCCCACCUAAACCUACACAAAAGAUCACAUUCAGGUAUUAAGCCACACACCUGUGAUGAAUGUAAUGCAUCUUUCACCAAGAAGGAUUACCUUUUGGCCCACAAGACAAAGCAUGCAGGUGGUAGUACAAUUAAGAUUGAAGCAUUAGCAGAAGCUGCAGGUGAACAAGUAUACAAGUGUACUGAAUGUGAAAUGGUUUUUACACACCUUUCCAGUUUAACUGUCCACAUGAGAAAACACACUGGUGAAAGACCAUUUGUAUGUGAAGACUGUGGGGCAUCAUUUUUGUAUAGCUCAAACCUUACAACCCAUCGCAGAAAACAUACUGGGGAGCGACCCUAUAAAUGUGAUCAAUGUGAAGCAUCCUUUAUUUUGAAGAGUUAUUUAACCAUGCAUCUUAGGAAACACUCAGGUGAAAGACCAUUUAAAUGUGAUGAAUGUCAAGCAUGCUUUACACAAAAAACUCACCUAUCAACCCACAGGAGGAUCCAUACUGGGGAGUGCCCUUACAAGUGUGAGGAAUGUGGGGAGGCCUUCCGUGACGGGGCCAAUUUUUGGAGACAUAAGAAGAAGCACCUGAUUGGUGAAGGUGCUGCAACUGUAACACGUAGAAGGGGAAGAAGAGGGCGAGGAAGAGGUGGAACAAGAGGCGCUAGAACUGCUCCAACAAGGCGAACAACGCGUGUGCGUCGCACCACAGUAAAGUUUGAACAACUUUACGAAGAAUUUAUUGUUAAUCAAGACGAACGAGUAUAUGUUAAAGAAGAACCACAAGAUCAGUCCAAUAAAAAUGAGGAGGAAGAAGAUGCACCUUACAUCUCAAUCAACCCAAUGGUGGAGAUCAAAUUGGAAGGUGAGGAAGAUCAGCAACAACUGCAGGAGACUGAAAUGAGAUUGAGGGAACCUGAUGAAGAUCCUCUGAUGGGAAUUGAGGAAGAUGAUCUAAUAAGAAAUGUUGAUGAAGAUAAUAAUAAAGAGAAUUUACAGGAAGAACCUAAUAAUGCAGGUGUCAGGUCACAAAUAACAAGUGGUGUGAUAGACAGUGUGGUGGAAUAGUAACAAUGUGUCAAAUUGUUUUUUUUGUGUGUGUGGCAAUAUCAACAGUGUAUGAGGAGUCCAAGUUGGCACCAAGUCUAGUGGAGGUAUUGUUUAUUUAUGGAGAAACUUGUGAUUCACGUUAUGGUAUAAGUAGAUUAUUGUCAUAAAAAUUUUUAUGGAUCUCAUUUUGGUUAUAAGUCUGGUUUUGUGAAGAGUAGAGUUUUAUUAUAUUUAUUAUUAAUAUAAAAUUAUGGAGUGUAUUAUCUGUAGUUUGUAUACUUGUGGUGUUAUGCAGAAAGUUUUUAUGUGACGUAUUUUCCAGUGAUUGCUGUAGUAUGUGUAGUAUUACAAACCUGGUCUUGUCCUGGCUUCAGUUUUGUUUUUAGAGAUAUGUGAACUGGAAGUGUUCCCCCCCCCUACCACCCCCUUAAGCAAUGAAGAUUUUUCCUUUAGCAUUACCAGUUGUAUACUUGUUUGUGAUAAAAUGAAUUUGAAACGUGUUGAUAUGUAGACAUUUAUAUAUAUAUAAAUAUAUUUUGUUUACGGUAUAUACCUAUGAUAUUUAAGUUAGAUAUCUUCUAUCUUGAAGUUAUUUGUUAUGUGAUUUUUUUAAAUGUUUAUAUAUUCAAGAAAUUUUUAAUUAUGUGAUCAUUCUUAUAUUUACGUUUGUUUCGUCAACAAUUACUAGUCAGAAUAGGCGUGGAGUCAGUAUAUUUGGGUGUUAAGACAAGUGAUUCGUUUUGUGUCGGUCCGGUGUUUACAGUAGUUUCAGCUGUAAAUAGCAAUGUUUAGAAAUUUAUUAUGUUUUGGGAUACUCUAGUUAUUUGAUUAAAUUUACAGUGGUUUGUGAAAUGUGAAAAUGAGGGAAUAAAUUUUGAACCAAG